AUGCAGCUCCGUGUGGCCCUUUGCUUGCUCCCCCUCGCCGUUCGGGCGGCCAACAUUGUCUCCUCCAACGACGAUGGCUGGGCUGAGGUGAACUUGCACACCUUGUACAAUGCCUUGACCAACUCAGGACACAGCGUGGUUGUCUCUGCGCCAGCUGACAACAAGAGUGGCACUGGCUCCUCGGAUGCUAACCCAACCCCCCGUAACACUCCUUGCGAGUUCGACUCUUGCCCAGCUGGUAGUCCUGCCGUUGGCUACGACCAGAACAACCCACGAUUCAACUAUGUCAACUCUUUCCCCGUCACCUCGAUGAGAUAUGGCAUCCAGAACGUCGCCCCUCGCUUCUUCGGCGGCCGCCCAGACCUUGCCGUUGCCGGUCCCAAUGUCGGCGCCAACCUGGGCCGAACCGUCCAGAUCUCCGGUACCGUGGGUGCAGCCACCGAGGCUGCCCUUGAGGGUGUUCCCGCCAUUGCUUUCUCUGGCAGCGUCGGCCAUCUAACCGCCUACUGGGACUAUACCCCGAACUAUAGCGAGGUCUACGCUACCCUCGCCGCUCAGGUCACCAACGCCCUGCUGCAGAAUGCUAAGCCAAUCCUGCCCCCCGGUAUCUUCCUCAACGUCAACUUCGGCGCCGUUUCCGACUAUGACUGCACCAGCCCUGAUGACUUCAGCUUUGUCCUCACCCGCAUCCUGCCUACCUCCGGGAACCCCGACGUGAACAUCUGCGGUAACGGCGGUCGCCUGCCCACCGAGUCGGACAUUGUGAAGAGCGACGGAUGUUACGUUAGCAUUUCUGUGGCUACUGCCAGAGGUAAGAGGGAUGCUGACUCCUCUGCUUAG